CACCACCACCACCUCCACCUUCCUUUCAAUCAAGCCAUCCAUCCCGGAAACACAAAACUCGGUCGAGGCCACUUCAAAUUGGUGGUACACCCAAUGUUCGAAGUCUUUCCUCGGUGGCCAAUGCUGCACGUCGUCGUUCGCAAUUAUACAAGCCGAAAAUACGAUUCGUAAUGGCGAUUAUUUACCUAAAUAAAAUGAUUUUCUAAACAUCAAAAUUUAUUAAAUUUCUAUACUAAAUUUGUUUCUUACUACUUCUAUUUCGUAAUUCUUUAUUUGUUAGAUUAAUUGGCAUCGAGCUUUUAACUGCGAAAUUGUGCUCUCAAAAGUCAAGAUUCCCCUGCCACAAUUCGUCAAUGCGAUCCUGUCGAUGGAUUCUUCUGCUCUGGGAAUCGAGCAAGUUGAGGAUAUUUUAAGAUUCUAUCCUAAUGUAGUAGAAAUGGAUACGCUAAAGAAAUACAGUGGCGACAAGAGGAAACUAGGAAAGUGUGAACAGUUUUUCCUGGAUCUAAUGAAAGUUCCGAGAAUGGAAUCCAAAUUAAGAGUAUUUCUUUUCAUAGUAACUUAUACGAGCCAGGUGACGAACAUUAAACUGGAACUGAAUAUAAUCAAUGCUGCUGCUAAAGAGAUUAAAGAAUCGGUGAAGUUACGUCAACUAAUACGGACAAUCCUUGCACUUGGAGUUCCAUUUAAUCGAGGCAGUGCAUCACGGCCUACUAGGUUAUUGACAUUGGACAGUCUUCUCGGGCGUCCCGGUACUCCCGAAAGAAAUAACAAAACUGCAUUAUUGCGUCACUUACGAAAGGUUAUAGUUCAGAGAAAACCGGAGUUGCUAGAUUUCAGUAAGGAUCUUGUUCAUUUAGAACCGGCUUCGAAGAUACGACUUUCGUCUUUGGCUAACGAGACAUAUGCAGUUUAUAAAGGCAUUGAGAGGGUUAAACGAGAACUCGUUUCAGCAGAGAAUGACGGUGCUGUAUUUUCGAGGUUUCGAAAGGUUUUGAAGAGUUUCGUUGAUACUGCCGAGUCGGAAUUGACGGGGUUCGGGUCACUUUACAUUCAAGUGGGGAGGAUUGUAGAUUCACUGACAGUUCAUUUUCUCGACGAUCCAGAAAGAUAUUCCUUUGAGAAAGUGAUUGAAACUUUUGUCGUCUUCACGAAAAUGCUUACUGAUGAUGAAAAAACAAGCAGCAGGCGAACAAUGAGACGUGAUGCAAUUCAAAAUCAGACCCGCCAAGAUAUAUAACUAGUCGGAUCAAUAGAUCCCUUGUACAUAGGGCUGAGAUAAAGAAAAGGAAAAGGAUCGAAAAACCGAAUAACUGAGACCUUGUGAACCAUACCGAGCUAGGAGCCAUUGGCAUGGAGAGAGAGAGAGAGAGAGAGAGAGAGAGAGAGAGAGAGAGAGAGAGAGAGAGAGAGAGAGAUGAGAAACGUGUUAGAUUUUCUCUCUCCAUUACUUAUUCUUCACUCUUCUCAACCAAAUUCUAUUUACUGUUCCAUUACAAUUUCAGUAAGAUUUUAGCAUAUUUAUUAUACAUUAAAAUCUCAAAAAUAGUGUUAAAAUCUUA